CCUCCUUUCAAAGCAGGAAGUGGACUUCUGAACACACGCUCGGUCACUUUUCGGUUGAAAUUGAAGUCUUUCCAACCGUGUUGGGUCAUGAUGUCUGGCGCGUGUUUGCUGCGUGACGUGUCUCUCUGCUCACCAGUAGGGGAGAUUAUGCUGACCGGCUGUGAGAUGGGAGUACACACCAUUGACAUCCAAGUGGAAAAAAGAUCAAGUCGCUAUUGGCUUGCUCAACACAUGGUCUCUAAUGGGCAGUCAGAAAUAAGCUCUGAAUUACAGCGCUGUGUUGAUUGGCUUCAGUGUUACUUCAUCCACCCAGAGUCUGUCAGUUCUCUUCCUCCACCUGCCUUUCACCAUCCACUUCUGCAGAAUGAUUCCUUUACUGCAAAAGUACUGUGGACACUGUUUAAGAAGGUGGAGCUCGGUAAAACUGUCACAUAUAAGCAGCUUGCUGAGAUGGCGGGAAAUCCAAAAGCUGUACGAGCAGUGGGAGGAGCCAUGAGAAGAAACCCGAUUCCUCUGAUAGUUCCAUGUCAUCGGGUGAUGUGUAGUUCAGGAGAGAGUGGGCGAUACAUGGGAGGGAAAGGAGAUCAUAUUAAAGUGUGGCUGCUCACUCAUGAGAAGAAAGCUUUAGAGGAGGUCAAUCCAGAAAAGACUGAAGAAUCCACCUAAUGACUUUCUUUUUCUUCACUGCUUGUUCAAAGAAAAAAGUGAAUAUGUUGUUCUCUUAAGAGAAGAGAGUUUGAGUUUGAAGAGUUAAGAGUUUGGGAAAAAACCUGCGUUCAAUUUGAGAAAAUUGACUCCUAUAGUCUCUUUAUAGAUUUGAGUACUUUCUUUGUGUUAAAUUCGAGAGCAUGCAGUUUCAUUAGUUGCUAAACUGGACAGUACAGAAUUGGAUUUCGGUUUAUGUUGUUUAAUCUAUUAUUGUUACAUUAACAUUGUAUAUAUGUUAUUGAUUAUCAGUACAGUUGUGCUUGUGGAUAAUCAAGCUGUUUUAUUUAAUCCCAAGGAUUGUGGAAAAAGUAUGGAAAUUGUAAUUUCUUUAUUAAGUUGAAUAUUUUGACAUCCUCAUCGUUUUUUCUCUGAUGCAUAUUGAUAUUUUUAUACAAAGAUAUUUUGUAGACGGUAUUUUAUC